GAGACGCCAUGGCUUUAUGUGGCCAGAUAUUGGCAGUAAAGUUAUGAUUUGCUUGAUUUUUAGCAACUGUUUGCGCGGCCAGAUAUUGGCGGCUUGCAGAGACGUCAUAGCUUUUAUGCGGCCAGAUAUUGGCGGUGAAGUUAUGAGUCAGUGGAUAUCCAAGUUAUUUCUUGGUAAUCGUCAGCCUCUUAUCUGCCAAAGCCUAUGUCAAAGGAAAUAUACAUCAUACAAUUUAGAACCCCGAUGGGCGAAAAGGCAAGUAGUUAAUAAUGAAACUCUAAUGAUAUCAAUUCAAUAUUUUUAUGAUACUGAUAUAAUAUCAAAAUAA